AUGACCCAGGUCCGAAUGGAUGGCGAGGCGAACUCCCAUGGCGAAGGCAGGGGCCUUUUGGCCGGCGAUGACGACUACGAUGAUCUCGGAACGCACCACGAAGACAAGGCGCCCAACGCCGACGAGCCGCUACCUACCCCGAGAUCAGCCAACCGAGUGCGCUUCGAUUUGACCCCGGAGGUUGUGGGCUACAGCAAUGACUCCAGCGGCAGGCUGUCCAUGUCCUCGGAGCGGGAGCGCUUCAGCAUGGACGACGAUUCCGAGCGGCUGAGCAGCGACUCGCAUCACCGCGUGCCGCUGCUGGGCGAGAUGGAGGCGCCCAGCGUCACGGUUGCGAACUCGCUGCGCGGAGACCCGGACACGGACGAGUUGCAAGACGAGAUGCGGCGCCCCAAAUCCUCCCUGCCGUCGGCCUUCAUGAACAUGGCCAACUCCAUCAUUGGGGCUGGCAUCAUCGGCCAGCCUUACGCCAUGCGCCAGGCCGGUCUGCUUUCCGGCACGCUGCUGCUCAUCGGCCUCUCGGUGCUGAUUGACUGGACCAUCUGCCUGAUCGUCAUCAACAGCAAGCUCAGCGGUACGAGCAACUUCCAGGGCACGGUCGAGUACUGUUUCGGGAAGCCUGGACUCAUCGCCAUCAGUGUCGCCCAGUGGGUCUUCGCCUUUGGCGGCAUGGUGGCUUUUGGCGUCAUUGUUGGCGACACGAUUCCGCAUGUUCUGCUUGCCAUCUGGCCGAACCUGCCGAGCAUCCCAGUGCUUGGUCUGCUGGCGAACCGGAAAGUCGCCAUCACUGUGUUCUGUAUGGGCAUCAGCUUCCCGCUGACCCUCUAUCGGGAUAUUUCCAAGUUGGCGAAAGCGAGCACACUUGCUCUCAUUGGCAUGCUCACCAUUGUCGUGACUGUCCUCGUUCAAGGGAUACUGACACCCAGCUCAGAACGUGGAAAAUUCACUCUCCCUGAUCUGACUAUCAAUGGUGGCAUCUUCCAAGCCAUCGGCGUUAUUUCCUUUGCAUUCGUAUGCCACCAUAACUCACUCCUGAUCUACGGCUCCCUCAAAACCCCUACGAUCGAUAGAUUCUCUCGAGUAACCCACUACUCGGUCGGCAUCUCGACACUCAUGUGCCUCGUAUUAGCACUGUCAGGAUUCCUCGUGUUCGGUGACAAGACGCAAGGAAACGUGUUGAACAAUUUCCCGUCAGACAACACAAUGGUCAACGUUGCGCGACUGUGCUUUGGACUCAACAUGUUGACGACCCUCCCGCUCGAGGCUUUCGUGUGCCGUGAGGUUAUGGAGACAUAUUUCUACCCAAAUGCGCCUUUCAGCCUCACUCGUCAUGUUGUUUUCAGCACUGGUCUCGUGGCAUCCGCCACUUUCUUCAGCUUAUUGACUUGUGACCUUGGAGCUGUGUUUGAAUUAGUUGGCGCAACGAGCGCUGUGGCCAUGGCGUACGUGAUGCCUCCCAUGUGUUAUAUCAAGCUCACUCAGAGGAGCUGGAAGACAUAUUUAUCGUAUGGCGUUCUUGUUUUUGGAAUAGCCGUGAUGGUGAUCAGCAUCAUCCAGGCGGUGCACAAAAUGUUCGAUGGUCACCAUCAUGCGGCAAAGUGCCCAAGCUGA